AUGGAUGAGUCCGAUCAGGCGUUAGUUGAAUUGAAAAAGCAAAUCAAAGAGCGUGAUGUCCAAUUUGAUCUUUUGAACGCGUUCAUCAAUCAAGAUCCAUCAUUACUGUCCGAUGCAGUGAUUGUUCAAGGCUAUAAAGCAGUUGGGAAAUCUUUAGUGGUGACUAAAUUUCUCGAGGCAUUGAAUAUAAAAUACUCAAGGAUAAAUUGUGAUGAAUGCAUUUCCAAGAAAAUUCUUUUACAAAAAUGUUUCAGUCGAUUUAGAAAAGAUAGUGGAAUUCGUCAUGGGAAAUAUAGUAAAAAUGAUUAUUUACGAUAUGGAUCAAUAGGAGAGAACUUUUCAAACUUAUUAUCUGCAGUUGAACAAUUCAUGGAUGAGCGUAACUAUAACCAACAUCAUGUGUUGGUUCUUGAUAGAUUUGAUCAAUGUAUGGAGCUGACUCGAGAUUUGUUUGGAUCAUUUUUACGGUUUAGGGAGCAAUCAAGGAUAAAGAGUUUGACUGUUAUUAUUAUCAUUUCUGGUGAAGUUCCGAAAGAUGUGGCAUCACUUUCAAUACCUCAUGUGUAUUUUGACGAGUAUUCUGAGUCGCAAAUAGUUGGUAUCUUGCAAGAUAAUCAGCUUGCCAAAUUUGGAAUAGAUGAAAUAGACGACACUCCUUCGAGUGCUGACUUUUGGGCUAAGUAUGCUAAAGUGAUAGUUGAUUUGUUUUUUGAGUACACAGGCUCGGAUCUAAACUUACUUAAAGAGAUUUGCAUAAGGUUAUGGGAUAGAUUUAUUGAACCUAUAAAAGAGGGUAGAUUAAUGGUUAGUGAUUUCAUUAAGAUCUAUAAGGAAAGCAUCGAUUUAUUCACGGAUGAUAAUAUAAUAACCAACUCUUCAAUAAGGGAUUUCAGUACAUUAGAAGAAGAAAAACAAAUUGAUAAUGGAAAUGUUGCUGAUUUACCAUUACAUUCAAAAUUCUUCUUACUCGCAUCAUAUUUAGCAUCAUAUGGAAACCCAAGGGGCGAUCUUCAAAAGUUUUCUAAAGUCAAAUUAGUCAAGUAUAAGAGAAGAGCACUUACGAGUCCGGCAAAGAUUAAAAAGGCACAUAUGCUCAAGACAGAUAUAGAUAACCGUUUAUUGUCUCCUAAUUAUGUUGAUCUUGAAAGAAUAUUGGCGAUCUUAGCUGUGAUUUACAGAAAUUAUGCCCCAUCAUUAAAUCAAUCAGAUAAAGACGAGUUGCUAUAUAUUGACGACGAAAUAGUAGCUCGAGAGGAAAAGAAGGAACUUGAGAAAUCCAAAUUUACUUUGACAAAGAAUACGGAUUUGAAUAACCAAAUUGCAACUUUGUAUUCAUUGGGAUUGUUAAGUAAAACUUCGUCAUCAGAUAUCUUAGGAGCAAAAAUCCGAUGGAAAUGUAAUAUUAAUUGGCCAACUGCAGAAAGCCUUGCGAAAAUGGUCAAUUUCCCAAUUGCGGAAUACUUGAUAGAAGAUUAG